AUGGGGAAGUCUAAACAUGAUCAGUCCCUGACUCAUGAGGAGAUCUGGGAUGACUCUGCUCUAGUGCAGUCUUGGGAUGAGGCGGUUGAAGAGUACAAGCUCUAUCACAGUAUUCAUGCUAAGGGCGAGAAUAUUGAGGAUGUUUUAAGAGGCGCUGAAGGAGCAGGUCUUGAUGAAGAGCAAAAUCUUCUUGAUGAAGGAGAUGUGAUUGCUGAGGAUGAUGCUAUGGUGGCUGAGAGCGAACCAGCAGCUGCGCAUUUCACUCAGACAAAUGAUCCUUCUGCUCAGUCAAAUCCUCCAGUCGCCGAAGGAAGUGGCCCUACCAUCAACCCAGGUCCAAGCCCAACCUUCCCCGCCGGCGCUAUGCCUAUGCCUGGCGCAGUGCUCCCCCACGUUCAAGAUGAAAAUUUGAAAAAUCUCAUGAUGUCUUGGUACUUUGCAGGGUACUACACUGGUUUGUACGAAGGGCGGCAGCAAGCUAGCCAGCCGAAACGCUGA